AUGACUGAGAACAAAGCGGCUGCUCAAACGCUGCUUUUGGUGGAAAGUCUAAAAGUCCUGAAGAACUCCAGAAGCCAACAUGAAACGGAGGAAACGAUCCAGAGUCUGCUGAAGCUGGAUUUCGAGGUGCCGUUUUGCACAUCGGACGUCGGCGAGGAUCUGCUACGGAUCUGUGUCUUACGCUGCGAGCAAUGUCCUUCGAUGGCCACAGCUCCUUUGAAGGAGUUAAUUUGGCUCUUUCAAACAUCGACCGAGAACCAAAUAAACCUCAGCCCGACAUCCAUAGAUCUACUUGUCAAAUUCUGUUUGAAAAGAGUGCUGUCCGGGCCGAUUCCGCAAAUUAUCGUCAGCUUCCAUGCUUUGGGCUCGUUGGUCUAUCAAAACAGUCAUUUAUUGGAUUCGAACUGGCCGGCACUCCAUGAAGUCCUGCGGAGAAGUCUGUGUGACAACGAAGACGUGGAUUCGAUCCGUCACUCAGCUCUCAAAAUUCUUCAAUCACUAACGAUUCGCCGGGACAAGGAGACCGGAUAUCUGUCAGCUUCGCAAGUGGACGCGAUCGUCGCGAUGAUUAUCGAGGGAGUGAUAAAGAAAACGAAUUAUGCAGAUGAGACCUUGUUCUGCAAGAUCCGGGUGGCAACCAUGAAAACUUUGUUGAAUCUCGUGAACUCUGAUGCCGUUUUCCAAGCGGAACACAUGGGUUAUAUUCUCGGAUACCUCCGACACCUGACUUUCUACGGUUUUCCUGGAUAUGCUUCACGACCAAUCAAGAGCUUCGAUCUUUUCCCGUCUCCCGUCUGCCACCAAUUGCCGCACAUUGAUAUGAACGAAUUGGACGGCAAUAGGGAUAAGCCGGUCAUGCGCCGCUCUCACGGAAAGAAACAAAACAAUCGAGCUCAGAAGUCCGAAUCCACAACUCAGCUAGACGCACAAGACGAUUCCGACAGCUCGCCGAGUCGGAAGCGGUACCUCCCGUGGACCGCUGCCGACAGUUCGGACGCUGAUACGUCUGAUCCCGAAAACGCACAAGACGCACUCACUUUGAAUAAAAGAUUGAGGAAUAUGAAAGCUAAGGUUCGCCAGAUCGCCUAUGACACGAUCCGGAUGCUCUUGCUCACAAUCAACAAAAAAGAACGUUUCGGAUACCUCCUGAAUUUCCUGCCGCAACAAAGCAGUCCAGCGCUGAGAUCGACCGAACACACCUUAGUGCUCUCGAUGCUGAAAGAUCCGGAUGCCCGAGUGCGGAGCUCAUCCAUAAACGUUUUGAAAGAUUUCAUUGCCAACUCGAAGCAAUACAUCAUCCUCGCCUGCGAAUCGACGCACGCAACCUCGUUUACCUCGAUCUCAGAAGUGAUGGCCUCCGUUAUCACUGAGCUACAUCGCGCAAUCCAUCUGGCCCUCCUGGCCGAAACCCUCCCCCUCUUUCAGAUCCCCUUGCUCAGUUGUCUAUCAUUGCUCACGAACGCGAGUCCAUACAACAGACUGCGGGCGUCGAUCGUCAUGGAUAUGAUUGGAGACUUGAGGAAAAUACUGACGAGCAAAUUCGAACAGGUUCGCGUGGCCGCCCUGACUUGUCUCGGAGGGUUCGCCGCUUACCAACCACGGCACACGGAAAUCAUUCGCUGUCUCGGCUUGGACUCGGACCACUGGCUCGAGGUUUAUUGCUCCAGUCAAUUACUAGGUCCAGAAAUCGAGGCGAACUCUGUCAGGGUCGAGAUCCUUCAAACGCUCACCGCCUUCGUCAGUAAUCAUUUUAACUACUGCAUCGAGGUGUUCGGGGAAAUUUACGUACCGGUGCUCGAAUCCGUGUUGGUCGAUCCAUUCGGACCGAUCAGGAUACACGGCAUGAAGUUGGUCACAGCGUUGGCGAACAAAAUCGCUGAUUCCAGCUCGACAGAGAACGAACUCGUUAUGAAGCUCGGGAAGUCGAUGUGGCAGGAAACGCUUUUCCAACGAGGAUUAAUUCAAAAAUGCAUUUUCCCUCCGGCCGAGGGGGAGAGCGAUAGGACUCCUCACGAAGUAAGAGAGUGCCAAGUCCUCCGGAGAGAAACUUUCACUGCUCUGGCCGAAAUCGGUUCCGUGAUGUGGGAUAAUCUACCUCAUAGUAAUCAAAAGUUCUGUAUUUGCGCUCUGUUGACCCAUGCGAAAGCUACCACAGAUGACGUAGCUCUGGCCGCGAUUCGGACCCUGGGAAUUUUCUGCACCUACGACGGGACGGCUUUCGACACGAUCCUUCUCCAGGAUGUCGGUGAAAUGUGCGUUCAUCUCCUCGGGAAACGCAUCAAUCUUUCUCUGAAACAAAAGGUGUCGUGGACUCUUUCGAACGUCUGCUUUGCGCUUUGGACAUUGUGCAAAGCCGAGUCUGUUCGAUUCCUCGAGGAGAUCAGCCCGGAAUUCUUCAACAAUCUCCUCAGACUUUCGAUCGUGGCCUACGAUGACAAAGACGCGGUGAGAGUGAACGCUUUGCGUGCCAUGGGUCUCUUGUUGGGAAUGGUCACGGAAAGCUACAUGCACAAAGAAAUCCAGUUGUACAAGGAAGCGGUGAGACUCCUGAUGGAAACCAUGGCUUUGAGUAGCGAUAAAUUUUUCAAGGCUAAAUGGAAUGCUUGUUACGCCAUCGGAUGGAUUCUGAGGAAUCCCACUACGCGAGUGCUGGUGAAUAUCGAUGCUUCACUAGAGACUCUGGAACAUUAUUUGCUGGAAUGCAUCAACCUCAAAGUACAAAUCGCUUGCAUAUCUGCCCUAGACCAGCUCACGGAGGCUCACGAUCUCCCCGUUUCUGUACACACGCAGGCUUUCAGUAUAUUGUUGAGGAAAACCUCUCGAGUGUCCGAGAUUCAAGUCAGUUAUAAAGAGUUGAAACACUUGCAAUCGGUCAAAGAGAACCUCAGUCUGGCGGUGCUUAAUUAUUUAUCGAAAUCAGACCAAGAAGUCUUCCGUUGCCUCCCGACAUUGAUGACUGAAUACGGAGAAUGUCUGGAGAUUCUCCUCAAAGAUUCGUUGUCAAAUCUGGAUGUCAAGCGUACCCUCGAGGAUUUUAUGAAGACUCCUCGAGCAACCUCAUCCUCUCAAAUCAACAAGUUCAUUAUCGAGAUUUCCGAGCACAUGCCCGAAUACAGCAUAUUCGAGGCACCAGAAUGAAAGUAGAGGCUUCGAAGAGAGGAGUCUCUUUGUAGACAAAUUCUCCUGACUAAGACUCCGUUGAUGUA